AUGUAUACCAAUGAUGAGAUGGAUGUGGGUGUGCAGGUUGCUAGAGCCCUGACACUACGAACCCUUGGAAGCAUUGCGGUGGUGAUCCCUGAGCACAAAGCAUCACAUCAUGCCGUGAGGAAUGGUCUGGAUUCUCACGAUGCUGUCGAGCUCCAAGCUGCUAUCAUGGCUUCCACACAACUGGCCAAGUAUUCUAAAACAUUUGCAACCAACAUCUGUGAGAAGAUUUCAGAGAUGAUGUCAGGACUUGCCCAUCCCAUUGUUAUCAAGCUAAAACUGCUGCCCAUUUUUGAACAUAUGCAUCAUGAUGCUCAAACAGCUUCCACUGUCCGAAAGUUGUGCAUGGAUCUGCUGCCAAGCUAUCCAGCCCAAGAGUUUGUCCUUGUGACUCUCCACACCUUGACAAAGCUAGCCUCUGCCACACUCAUAGACAUCCCUGAGCAGGUGAGUGUGUUGAUAGAGUACUUGGAGAAUGAUCCUCAGAAAGUGGUACAGAGACAAACCCUGGAAGACCUGCACCUGCUGGCUGUGAAAGCACCCCAUCUGUGGAGCAAAGGAAACCUGAAUGCUGUGGUGGGCUUUGCUCUCCGUACCCCACACCAGCGUCUCAAGGUCCAAGCCCUCAAGCUCCUCAUUGUUCUCUCCAACUCCCCUGCUGUCCAACACCUUGUCCAAGAUGAGAAUUUGAUGCAGUUGGCACUGAGCAGUUCCCAUGAUGCUUCAAUGAGCAUUGCUGCUCAUGGUGUUCAUUUGCUCACCAACAUGGCCCUCUACUGCCACAAGGAAGGAGUGGGGAUCCGGAUGGUGUCUGAUCUGGGUCAGGAGGUAAUGAAUGCUGUGGUUACCCUCGUGACCCUGACAGUCAUGAACAGGGAUUUCCCCAUGGAUCGACGCAUCUUCCACUCCCUGGUCUCCCUUGCAAAGGGGAUCCCCUCCCUCUGUCCACUGCUUCUCUCCAGCCUCACCCCUCUUGUCACUUCCACCCCUUGUCAAAGAGUAGGUGUAUUGUUAGAGGCACUUUGUGAAGUGAGCAGCAAGGUUAGCCUGGAGCACAGGGAGAUUCUCAUCAGUGGGAUCAUGGAACUCCUUCAGGAACUCCCAAACCUCGAUCCACCCAUGGACCAUCAAGUCGUAGUGAAGUGUUGCACACUGAUGCUGCAGUGCGAGCCACGGAAGCAGCUACCAAAACUCAGGGAAGCGUUUGAAGAUGUUCUCUGCCUCCUUGAUCAUUGGUCCCUCUAUCAAAUUGCAAGGCAGGCUGCUCGGUACAGAGAAGUGGGGAUUGGGAAGAAGAUUGUGGAAAAGUUACGGGAAGAAGUGUCAUCAGAGCAUCUCUACUUUUGGCUCCAUGGCCUGGCCCGGAUGCUGAAGGCUGAAGAGUGCCUCCUCACCCAUUCCCUUGAUGAGGCCAUUGUUUAUCACCUGGAUGCCCUCACAUCCAUCAAGAGGGAACUGACUGACUCCAUUGAAGUAACAGACAUAGGAUUCACUAGGCUAUCUUAUAUAACAAGCAAUAAGGAGAGUGGUGGGAAGAGAGAAUGUUGGGAGAGGGACAAUGGAAUGAUUGCAGAGGUCCUCUUGGCAGAAGCAGAUGUUGCCCUCAUUAUGUGGGGGAUCAUCAGAAUGGUAGGAGGUGCAGCUUGGGAUGAUCUUCCUCUCAUCAUCUGGAAACACUCCCUUGGGUUUCCCUUCCCAACAUCCAUGCACCUCAUCUAA